AUUGGGUGGCGAUAAAGAUUAGUUUCGCUUAAAUUUUCAGUUCUGUUUGUCCCUCGUUGUGUCCCAUAACACCGGCGGGUUUUCCUCCGAAUACAGAAACAAUCAAAAAGGUGAACGGUGAUUGACAGCAGUAACUUUUUCAUACUGAGGUGUCGAUCCGAUGUUUGAUCGUUACAAUGAACUCACUGGCGUUGUUCCCACCACCUCCGCCUAAGGGACACAUCACGUUGUACGAGUCCAAUAACCAGCUGGUAUCGGGGACUUCAUUUGAUUGCUAUCAGAAACAGGAAUGGGACCCCCCAAGCCUGCUGUUUCCCCGUGAGACCUUGAAGUCCCACAGUCGUCCUGAGAAUACCAGCAAGGCGGCGUUCCUGGAUCACUGUGACGCGCUGUGGAUGAGGAGCGCUGCAGCAUGGCGUGAUUCUGGACUCUCUGGGCUCCUGGAAGAAGUUUCCAGUUCUAGUGAGGUUCCCAGGUGGCUGACUGUAGGGUCCAGAUGGGUCUUGGCUUUGCAUCGCUGGGUUGCUUCAUUCCACAGCUCCCUGUUCCCCCACCUCACACUCAGCAGUGAGGACUUGGUGGCUGAGUUUUCGCAGGUCCUGAACUGGUCUGACUGCGCCGUGCGGGCGUUUGCUUGGCACCCACACACCGACAAGUUUGCCGUGACUCUUCUGGACGACUCCAUCCGCAUCUACAACUCCAAAAGCUCCACAGCACCCACCCUGAAACACCGCGUCCAGCGCAACGUCGCCGCCCUGCAGUGGAAGCCCCUCUGUGCAUCUGCCUUAGCUGUGGCCUGUCACAACUGCCUGCUGGUCUGGCAUGUGGACCCCACCUCUCUUUCCACAAGACCAUCUUCCGGUUGUGCCCAAGUGCUUUCUCAUCCAGGUCACUCUCCUGUCACAUCUAUAGCCUGGUGCCCCAAUGGCUCUUUGCUGCUGUCUGCAUCGCCAGUGGACACGGCCAUGAUGGUAUGGGAUGUGGCGGGUGAGAACUGCGUACCUCUGCAGCGUGUGGGAGGCGGGGGGGUCACCUUCAUCUCUUGGGCACCAGAUGGGAGUCGGGUGCUGGCCGCCACUCCAUCCUCACUCUUCAGGAUCUGGGAGACGAGGAUGUGGACGUGUGAACACUGGCCUUGCCUGAAGGGACGUUGCCAGACUGGCUGCUGGAGCCCAGAUGGAAGUCGCCUACUGUUCACUGUCCAGGGGGAGAUGGUCAUUUAUGCCUUAACCUUCAGUUCUGUGCCAGGGGAACCACAAGGGCAGGCAGGGGGACCCAAAGCAGCAGUAAUAGUUGCUGACUUGUCUGAUACCACAUUUUCUACCCCAGAGGGUGAAAUCAGGCUUGGGGGAGAGGUGCAGAGUAUGGCCUGGGAUCCACAAGGGGAGAGACUAGCCGUGCUCCUGAAAGGCGACCCAGAGACACUGGACCACCCUCCCAUGAUUGCAGUAUUUAAAACCCGCACCAGUCCCAUCUUGGAGCUCCUCCCAUGUGGCUUCGUUCAGGGAGAGUUAGGGACCGAGCCCAGACUUAUGCAGUUCCACCCCAACUUUGCAAAUGGAGCCUUGCUCACCGUGUGCUGGUCAAAUGGAAGGAUCUCUCACGUACCCUUCUACUUUGUGAGUGUGGGGAGGCCCUUGCCCGGUCUCAGGGGCAGUCCAAUGCUGCCCUUCUCGCAGAAUCAGGUGGUGGAGAAUGGAGGCCGGCUGCUGUACACAGAGCUCUCCUCCUAAAGCCCGGCCUGGCAUCUCCUGGAGCUCUGUAUACCUACUUGUCAAUAACAUCUGCUUUUGCACAGCUGUAAUAAAGUAAUGUUUUUCUUUGUUC